AUGGAUGGUGACUACACGGAAUCCAUUCAAAAUGUCUGUUUCAUUUGAAUGUACCUUUGCCCUCCUACCCUAUUUACAGCCAUAUAAAACUAUACCCAGUUCAGAGACACCAUAUCCAGAACCCUUAUUCUGUAUUUGUGCUCUUUGAUUAUCAGACGUUAGCCAGAUGUUAGCCUACAUAUCUGCCAUUGUAUAAAGUGACUGUAGAUGAAGAGGAGAGGUGACUAUUUUCAAGACCAUUUCAUUAUCAAUUGUGAUCCAUUCUUUCUGUGUGCUAAAAUCAUUAUUCAUUCUUGUUUGUGUUUUCUCCCCAUCAGGAUGAAGCUCAAAGAGAUCAACCGCACGGCCAUCCAGAGCUGGAGCCCAGCACAGCACCAUCCUGUGUACCUGGCAGCAGGUGUUUGUGUUUUCCUGUUUUAUACACUUCACUGAGCAUCUCUGACAUUUUUGACAGUAGGGAUGAGGUAUUUUCUGCAUAUGCAUUGUUCUUUCGAAGGCCAAACCCACCAUUAGUGUGUGUGGCCAAAUACCACUAUUUUCAUGUCAUCUGACCACCGCCUGGAGUUUGCUAAAGGCACUUGGAUUGGAACCGGUGCUAUAGUCAUACGAAAAUAGAGGUCUUUCGCAUCGCACACCAGCUGUGGGUUUGGCCUUCGAAAGAACGACGCUAAUGCAGAAAAUACUUCAUCCCUACUGUCAAAUAUGGUGGUGGGUCUUUGAUGUUAUGGGCUGUUUUUCUUCCACUGGUCUUGGUGCCCUUGUUAAGGGUUGAAUAUUUGUUGUCUGAACAGCUGUCCAGUUAGUGCGUCUACCUGGUCAGGUAUUGCUGACCCCUCACCUGUCUGUCUCUGAGUCCAGGUACGUCAGCCCAGCAGUUGGAUGCCUCCUUCAGUACCACCGCCUCUCUGGAGAUCUUUGAGCUGGACCUGGCCGACCCUUCUCUGGACAUGAAGCUCCGCGGAGCAUACUCCUCCUCUCACAGGUAGGGAAACCUUAGCCUUAACCCUAACCCAAUCAGAGGAAGUUUUCUUUCAACAGGAUUCUUUGUAAAUUAUAUUUCUUCAGAUAUCUCAAGUAGUAGGGUAAACCCAGUUAGGGAAUAAUAGUUGUGAAAACUGUAGUGAUUAAAACUCAGGUCACUGGAACAAAACAAGUAUAAUCAAUCAACAAAGAAUGGUGCAAUACAAGUUCCAACAUGGGUACAACAAUAAGCAUCAGAGCAAGUCAACUCUUUGCUAGGUUUAGAAAACAUAUGUCAUAGAUCCGACUGCUCUUAUCUCUCUUCACCAGAUACCACAAGCUGGCGUGGGGUCCCCAUGGCAUGGAUGCACAGGGUCUCCCAUCUGGAGUGCUCAUCGCGGGGGGAGAGAAUGGUGACGUCAUCCUGUACGACCCGGCCAAGAUCAUUGCUGGACACAGUGACGUUGUCAUCGCUCAGAGUGACAAACACAGCGGGCCAGUCAGAGCCCUUGAUGUCAACUCCUUCCAGGUAGGUACACCUAACUAACUAACUAUGCUUUCACUAACAGCUUUGGCUUUAUACUGUUCUGUGCAUAAUAUGCACAUUCAGAUAUUGCUCAACUCACUUGAACUUCUUACUUUUGUUUAAUAGGAAUACUAACGUUUUCAUCUACUGACCUUUUGUAGACUGGUCUACCAACUUUGUCAAGUGUAUCUCAUUGUGUUUGUUAUUGUGCUUACAUUGUCACCCCAUGUUAGCUAGUGAUAAUAAUGCAUUACUUCCCUCUCCCCUUCCCCAGACCAACCUGGUGGCUUCAGGAGGUAAUGAAUCAGAGAUCUACAUCUGGGACCUGAACAACUUUGGCUCCCCGAUGACACCAGGCCCUAAAACUCAGGUAAGACCCAUGACACUAGAACAUGUCUCUGCACGGUUAAUUAAGAAACGAUUGAAACUUUUGGAGUGCUUUACUUAAACAUUUUCAUGGAUGAUCUAGUCUGCAAGGAUCCUGCACCCAGGUAUUUUAAUAGUAGAGGAACAUUUGAGUGAGCAGGCUGUUUGUUUAUUUCAGCCUCUGGAGGACAUCAGCUGUGUGGCGUGGAACAGACAGGUCCAACACAUCCUGGCCUCGGCCAGCCCCAGCGGCCGCGCCUCCAUUUGGGACCUCCGCAAGAACGACCUAAUCAUCAAAGUCAGCGACCACAGCAACAGGGUACGUACCGUAAUGCACGUCUGCUGUUUACGGCUCAGUCUGCCACUUGUGAACCCAGCAACAAUGUACCCAGCAACACGCGUUUGUCCGUGUCUAUCUGUCGGCUGUUAAAGCCUCAGUCUGUCACUUUCAUCUCCAGUUUAAAAGUACUCUCCCUGGCCUGCAGCUUUCUAUAAACUGUGGGGGUGGGAAGAUUUUUUUUUUUUGGGGACAGACAGACAGGAUUGGCAACCGUAUAGGUCUGAGGCUUUUGACAUCAUUUUUUUUCAUUUCGUUCCACUGUUCUGACAAGCAAAAUAAAGUACCGGUUUAUAUUGUUCCUUUUUAAACCUCUGAAAUAUAUAUAUUUUACAUUUAGCUCGACAUUUAAAUUACUUCACCAAUCAGUGCGGAUAGAGCAGCUUGCUGUGGAGCGGGUAAGCAAUUUAAUCUGUAUAGGAAAGUCGUUAAGAGCAAAUUGUAUUUUGCCGUAACCGCAUGGUUGAAUCAUAAUGAAAGACAACCGCAUACUGUGCUGCCAGUCACAGUGUAGGGCGCAAGAUGCAACAGACAGUUUGAGGAGAGAGGAUGGAGGAAGCUUGCCUUGAAGCGCUGGGUAUCUUAUGACAUGUAUUAUCUGAAUCAGGCCCACAGAAUUAUACCUACGGAGGAGAGGCUUCUAUGGAGGAACUUUGAAUGUCUUUGAACUUCCGAGUUGGUUUAAUGUUGGACCAGAGCAAACGUUAGCUAACAAGCUUGUGUGUGCGGAGCAGCACUAGAAUUAAAAACGUGUCUUACCUUUUUGUAGUUAAUAAAUCCAGUGUGAAAUGUGAUAACUGUAGUAUCCUUAACUAGCAUUGGAAAAAGUAAAUCCAUUCUUCUCUAAUUAAACAUAUCUUCCUAAUUUAUAAUGUCGUCGGUAAGCUACAGCUGUGCUUCAGAGGGGAGGGGCAGGUAGCCUACACACACACCCACUGGCAAAGAUUUCCAGCUGGCAGGCAGAUACUGGAAUACAUUUCUGAGUGACAGAGUGAGGGCUUUGCAUAGUGGGACAGAACGUUGCUUUUAUUAACAGUUCUGUUCCGGAACAGUAUAGAUCACUUUAGUUUGGGUUCUGUUCCUCAAAUCAUUUAAUUCGUUUCUGGUUUUCUGUUCUGUUCCCUAAACCAAUUCCAACCCUUGGUACAAACCUAGUAUUAACACCAUGUGACAGAUGGGCGGAGAGAGAACCACGCAUUCAUUAUAAGAGUAAAUUAAUAGGUACGUGUGUGUGUGUGUGUGUGUGUGUUCAGAUGCACUGCUCUGGGCUAGAGUGGAACCCGGAGGUAGCUACUCAGCUGGUGCUGGCCUCGGAGGAUGACAGAAUGCCAGUGAUCCAGAUCUGGGACCUGCGUUUCGCCACCUCCCCUCUCAAAGUCCUGGAGAACCACACACGGUAAAUUAUGACUUCACAUUAAUCUGGUAUCCAGUCUUGGAGAAAGUAAUGUUAAAACACUAACUGGCUGGCCUCUCGAGUGGCGCAGCAGUCUAAGGCACUGCAUUGCAGUGUUGUGGCGUCACUACAGCCUGGGGUUCGAUCCCAGGCUGUGUCACAACCGGCCAUGACUGGGAGUCCCAAAGGGCGGCACACAAUUGGCCCAGCAUCGUUCGGGUUAGGGGAGUGUUUGGCCGGGGGGGCUUUACUUGGCUCAUCACACUCAAGGUACUCCUUGUGUCGGGCCGGGUGCCUGCAGGCUGACCUCAGUCGUCAGUUGAACGGUGUUUCCUCCAACACAUUGGUGCAGCUGGCUUCCAGGUUAAGAGAGCAGGUGUUAAGAAGCGCGGCUUUGCGGGUCAUGUUUCGGAGGACGCAUGACUCCACCUUCACCUCUCCCGAGCCCGUUGGGGAGUUGCAGCAAUGAGACAAGAUCGUAAUCCCGAAAUUGGGAAGAAAAAGGGGGUAAAAAAUAAUAAUAAUUUUAAAAAAAAAUAACACUGACAGUCCUGGUCCAAACUUUUGUAUUGCAUGGAAUAAUGGAGCCAAAAACAACACAUUGAGGCUGACCUUUGUGAGACAAUCACCCAGCAAUGUGGCUGCAGUAUGAAUUUGUCCUUGCUUGCAAGAGGUGUCUGGGAGAUAGGGGUGAUCAGAACACGCUAAUCUGGUGUGACCGCUAACAAAAGAAUGGCACACCCAAGACUUGUCAGAACUAAUGGCAAGUGUUCAGUAGAUCGAAUGUGAUCAGAUUAAAUUAUGCUAAUUAAAUCGGGGUGGUGUGUUCAUCAGGGGUGUCCUGGCCAUCGCCUGGAGUCUAGCUGACCCUGAGCUGCUACUGAGCUGUGGGAAGGACAACAGAAUCCUCUGUUGGAACCCCAACACCGCCGAGGUGAGAGUGUGUGAUCCGUUGUUUCUGUGCUAUUCGUAGCAUGGUCCCUAACUGCAAAGUAGACAUACACACCUUUAUUUAACCACAAAUGUAACUCCAUUCCUGUCUGUUGUUUAUCUCCAGGUGCUGUAUGAGCUGCCUACCAGUACCCAGUGGUGCUUUGACAUCCAGUGGUGCCCCAGGAACCCCGCGGUGCUGUCGGCUGCAGCCUUCGACGGACACAUCAGCAUCUACUCCAUCAUGGGGGGCAGCAGCCAGGCUUUCAGCCAGACACAGGCAGACACGGUGGGUAACAGUUUCACACAUGAACACUGUUUAGGUUGGAAACUGGCCUCCAUGUUGGUUAGGGUUACAGACACGGUUUGCUCAAAUUCUGAGAUUUAGAGUGGAAACUCGCUUCAAUUUUGGCCCAUCAUUGGAGACACUUGAUAUGAAUGAAUACCUAAUCUGUAAAAAAAAUAAAACAUUGUUAAAUUUGCUGCUCUUUGGCAUGUCUAUGUUCUAGAUCAGCACGUCGUUUGGCAACAUGGAUCCGUUUGGGAUGGGACAGACCCUGCCCCCCCUGCAGCUUCCCAAGGCCCCGGCUGCCCACACCACCAUCACUCCCCUCAAGAAGCCUCCCAAGUGGAUCCGCAGGCCCGUGGGGGCCUCCUUCGCUGUGAGUCACUAUCUUCUCUGCCUUCAUUACUUUGCAAUGUUUUUCAAGUCGUAUGCAUGGAUGCAUAAUGUACAGUAUGUCACUCAGCAGUAUCAUCUCCUCCUGCUGCUUCCUCUUUCUCUCACCUCUAUAGAAAUUCUAUUGAGAUGUUGAAAUUGUACUAAUAAGUUGUUCUCUUCCUGUUUCCCCCCCCCCCCUCCAGUUUGGUGGUAAGCUGGUGUCGUUGGAGAACAUCAAGCCCAACCCCCAGCAGCCUCAACAGCCCACGGCCCAUGUGGUUCACAUUAGUCAGGUGAUCACGGAGACGACCUUCCUGGAGCGCUCGGCCCAGCUGCAGGACACGCUGGCUGCAGGCAGCUUCAUUGACUUCUGCCAAGAGAAGAUAGACUCUGCCCAGAAUGAGUUUGAGAAGACCGUCUGGUCCUUCCUGAAAGUAGGGAUAGGAACUUUGACUUCUAUUGUUAAAACAUACGUUUUGUUUCUUGCUGUAUUUCACAGUAUGGCUGGGCUGUUACUACCAAUGUUAAAUUGUUUUCAGGUGAACUUUGAGAAUGACACUCGUGGAAAAUACCUGGAGCUUUUGGGAUACAAGAAGGAGGAGCUAGCAGCAAAGGUGAGGUUGGAAAUGAACUGUCACUGAAUGUCCUCAGGCCUUGUCGGUCUGUUGUUGUCUGUCUGACCUGUCUGGUCCUAAUGCUGUCUGUCAGCCUGGUUUAAUUCUGCUGGGGUUGUUCCUUUGUUCACAGAUUGCAGCAGCAUUAGAGGGAGAACCUAUUCAGCCCGAGGAGGUAAGGACUUUUGUAUGUGUGGAAGAAACAUAUAUUUAAUUAUUUGUGAUAUCAUGAUAAACAACAUGGAAUACGGUUCAGUGUGCGGUAAAGUAGAUGGUACUGCUGCUAAUGGUAAUGCAGAGCAAAUGUAUCUGCUCAUUCACUUUCUUUAGCGUUGGUCUCAUUGCUCAAACAGGGAAGUGGUAGGGGCAUUGGGAAACUGUCCAACUUGACUAACUAUCUAGGUUUCACACUAGAGUUGUUUAUGUGACUACUAGAAGGAAGUAAGAAAAGUGUUGCUUCUUAUUCAUGCCCUUGGCCUUUCAAGUUAGGACAACUGAAAAUCGUUGAAUUGCUUUCCUGACUUUUGUCAUAGAUCAUCAUUGAAUAUAAUUUGGUGAAUUUCACAUCACAUAUUUCAAUUGUACCUUAUAUUUUCUUAUCUGCAAGACAAUGCUAUUUUCUCAUCUGCUAUUUUCUCAUCUGCUAAAAUUUAAAGCAUAUUUUGUGAUUCUGACAUUGCUUAACCCGGGCUCAAAGAUAACGGUACUAAUAUCUCAAUGGACACAAUCAAUGACAUUUUAUGAAUAUUGUUGGGUUUCCAACAUGUCAGUGAUUCUGUUGAUUAUUUAUCUACGACUCUCAAUUUAAUGGCUCUCUCUGCUGAACUCUGUGUGAAUCUGGCUCUCCUCUCCAAUCCUACUCCUCUCCUACACCUUUCCUCUCCUGCUGUAUGAAUGUAUGCAGCCCGCCCCUGCUCCUGUCCCCACCUCUGAUCCUGAACUCGAGGCUGAACCUGGACCAGAGGUAGUGCCCAUUCCCGCUCCGCAGCUCAGCGCUGAGCCUGAGGUCCUUCCUCCCAUGCCUGAGGCGGCUGUUGAGGCCACCCCCGAACCUCCGCUUGAGCCCGCCCUCCAGCCCGAACCCGGACCCCAGCCAGAGCUUGCCCCCCCGCUCAGCCGUGACCUUUCACCUUCUGAUCCUAUGCCUGUCCUCCAAUCGGAGCCUGUCCCUACUCUUGACCUCAGCGCAGAACCCCAGCUUCUUGCCCCUGUUGCUCCCAUUGCUCUCCUGCCAGAGUCUGACCCAGCUCUGGCCCCUCCAGCUGACCUGCAGCAAGUACCCGUGUUUGAUCCCACUGCCUCCUUUACCCUCCAGCCUCCGACAGAGUUCAACCAAGUGAACUCACUGCCUGUAUCUGAAUUUGAUCAGGUAGCUUUGCAGCAUGUAUUAGAAUUUGACCUGGUGGCCUUGCAGCCUGUAUCUCAGUUCAACCAAGUUGACUUACAGCCUGUUUCUGCGUUCAACCAGGUGGACUUACAGCCUGUAUCCGACCUCACCAACCUGCAGCCAGUACCCGGCUUCGACCCAAUGUCAUCGAUGCCCAGUCUGCAGCCGGCAGCCCAGCUGGACUUGGUUCCUCCUCCUGUCCCCACCCUGCAACCUCUAGCAGACCCUGGACUCCUCUCCACGGACCUCCCACCUGAAGACGCAUUUGACCUCAUCGCUGCUACAAAUCUCCAGCAAGCAGCGGAACUGGAACUCACACCUGCUCCGGAACCAGAAGCGGAAGAUCCAUUUGACCUCAUCGCCGCUACAAAUCUCCAGCAAGCAGCGGAACCGGAACUCACACCUGCUCCGGAACCAGAAGCGGAAGAUCCAUUUGACCUCAUCGCCGCUACAAAUCUCCAGCAAGCAGCGGAACCGGAACUCACACCUGCUCCGGAACCAGAAGCGGAAGAUCCAUUUGACCUCAUCGCCGCUGCAAACCUCCAGCAAGCAGCGGAACUGGAAGUGACAGGAGCUCUGGAACCAGUGGCAGCAGAAGUAGACCUGACAGAGGCUGAGGCCCCUGAAGCUGAGCCCAUCGCCCAGGAAGAGAUGCCAGUAGAUGAAGAGAUUCCUCUGGAGGAGGUACCCUCUUCUCAUCCCGUCAGUCCAUCCCAGAGAAAGACACAUCGUGCUGUUACGCCAUUGUUGUUAUCGUUGUUCAUCGCUAAACUAUAAACCUAUUACAUUAGUAUUACUAUGUUAUUAUAUUGCUACGGUUAUGUUGUAACAUUGCUUUCACAUAGUGUCUCAUCUAUAACUCUAAAUAACUCACCCAAUUUUUAUCUCCCUAUUUUCCUUCAACUUCACUUUCUCUCUGGGGUAGACUCACACCAGUUUUUUUGUUUUACUUUGCUGUUUUAUGGUUAUAUGUAAAGGUCUCCGUGAGAGUAGAUGGUAUAGUGGUAUGGAAUAACUAUUGUUUUGAGUCGUUGUGCUUUCGAGUACAUUUCCCAUUGACAUCAAAGCAUCAACAGAUGAUUUACACAGUAGUUGGAGUUGUGCUCAUACUCCAGUGAAGGUACUGCUCUCGGUCAAAUAACAUUGAUAAACUCCCUCUGGUCUGUCAGGAGGUGGCUCCACCAGUCGAAGAAGAGGACAGCCUCCCAGAGGAGGCCCCAGCUCCAGUCCCCGAGGGCGUUAAACUCUGUGUCAGUCAAGGUAAAGAUCAGUUAAUAUCAAUCUGAAUCUCUAUUUGUAAUUGUUCACAGUUUAGGUUGACUGUGUGCUGCUGUUUGUUGAAGUUUAAAAAGCAAACAGUUGUGUGUUGGUUUGUCCUGUCAGGCGUGGACGGCCUGAUCACCCAGGCCCUGCUGACCGGGGACUUCGAGGGCGCAGUGGAACUCUGUCUCCAUGACAACCGCAUGGCCGACAGCAUCAUCCUGGCCAUCGCCGGAGGGGCGGAGCUUCUGGAGAAAACACAGAGGAAGUACUUCACCAAGACUCACAGCAAGAUCACCAAGGUAACCAACACUGGUCACUGUAAGUUCAUCAAGGCAACAAACACACUAAAAACACUGGUCCAAAAGACUUCUCAACAGCUUCUACCCCCAAGCCAUAAGACUCCUGAACAGCUAAUCAUGGCUAUCCGGACUAUUUGCACUGCCCCCCCACCCCACACCCCAUCUUUUUACGCUGCUGCUACUCUGUCUAUUAUUUAUGCAUAGUCACUUUAACUCUACCCACAUGUACAUAUUACCUCAAUUAUCUCGACUAGCCGGUGCCCCCGCACAUUGACUCUGCAGCGGUACCCCCCUGUGAAUAUAUAGCCUCCCUACUGUUAUUUUAUUUUACUUCUGCUCUUUUUUCUCAACACUUUUUUGUUGUUUUAUUUUACUUUUUCAUUAAAAAUAAAUGCACUGUUGGUUAAGGGCUGUAAGUAAGCAUUUCACUGUAAUGUCUACACCUGUUGUAUUCGGCGCAUGUGGCCAAUAAAAUUUGAUUUGAUUUGAAGAUCACCAAGGUAACGAACACCAUGACCAUGAUGUCAGUCAGUGUCAUGGUCAUGUGAUCAGGUAUUGUUGGCUACCAGUAUUCCUGUGUUGGCUACUGUUCUACUACUGAUUUACUGUCAAUGCAUCCUCCUGCAGCUGAUCAGUGUGGUGGGGUUGAGGAACUGGCAGAGGGACAUGUACAGUAUUGGUUAUGGUCAUAUUGAUUCUUGCAGCUGAUCAGAGGGAGGUCUACAGUGCUGAUGACAGAUUGUCAUAUUGAGGAUUGGUUUUUGAUUAACAGCUGAUCAGUGCAGUGGUGAUGAGGGACUGGCGUGAUGUGCUGCAGACCUGUGAGCUGCAGAACUGGAAGGAGGCUCUGGCUGCAGUCAUGACCUACGCUCAGCCUGAGGAGUUCUCCUCUCUGUGUGGUAGGAACUGACACUCUCUCUCUCUCUCUCUGUCCCUCUUUCUCCUUCUCUCUUUCACACUCUCUCCCUUAAAGCCAAUUUAUGCUAACUCUGAAAAUGCGAUCCGGAGGCCAAAUAGAGCUCUGUACCGCAUCGCUGUAUACCUCCCACAUUUUUUAACAAUGCAGAGGGCUCCAUAUAGCUCCGCAUUGACAUUAUUGGUUGACGGCAGGUGGGGGCGGGAGGUCCUGUAUAAACACAAGCUCACUUCCUUGACAACUUCCUUCACAACAGCUCUGCUCCGGGAAGCGCAAGAAGCAUGAAUGUCCUGACUUCUGCAGAGGCUGUAUCACAAUAAAUGCUGUAUGGCUUCUGCAGAUGUUGACCAUGCAAGGCCUUUUACGCUCUCGCUUUCUCUCUUGCCCUUUCACUCUCUCCCUCACUGGCCUUUCUUUCAAUGUUUCUCUUUCCAUUUCUGCCGCGCGAACCAGUUGGGAUGUGAAUUUGAACCUAACUGUGCUGCUGUCUCUGUAGACCUGCUGGGCUGCAGACUGGAGGCCAUGGAGGACAGCACGCUGCAGGCUCAGGCUUGUCUGUGUUACAUCUGCGCUGGCAACGUGGAGAAACUGGUGUCCUGCUGGACCAGAGCCCAGGACAGACACUGCCCUCUCUCUCUGCAGGUACGCGGGUGUGUGUGUAAUGUGUAUGUCCGUUUUGUGUGCGACUGCCUUUGUCUCUCUAGACAUGGUUGUGUGUGCGUAGGUCUAACUCUAUGUAAUGUUUAUAUUCCGGCAGGACCUGGUAGAGAAGGUGGUGGUGCUCCGCAGGGCGGUAGAGCAGACCCAGGAGUCUGGUCCCUCUGCUGUGGGGCUUCUACUGGGCGAGAAGAUGAGUCAGUAUGCCAGCCUGCUGGCCUCCCAGGGCAGCCUCACCACCGCCAUCGCAUACCUGCCACAGAACACAGAGCAGGUCAAUGAUACUACACAAUACAUUUGCCCCACAAUCUGCCUCGGGUUUACUUGUUUAGAACCGGAAUGUAACGUCCAUUCUACUGAUUCUAAUUGUACGGUAUUUGCUCUACCGCCAGGUUGCAGUACUGCAGCUGCGUGACCGUCUCAGCAGAGCUCUGGGCCAACAGGCUCCUGCUGCAGGUCCAGCCCUAACCCCAGUAGCCCAGGUCCAGCCCCAACUCCCAUCCCCCCAGCCCAGGCAGCUCUUCGCCCCUGCCCAGCCUUCUAUGGUGUCCCAGCAGCCCGCACCAGCCCCUGUGCCUGCCGCUGCCCCUGCACCACAACAGUAUUAUCAGCCGGUAAGUGACGGUGACAGUCACUCACAUAGCCUCAUCAUUAGCCCAUAAAUGUUUGAUCCUCUCUCUUAAUGCUAACAUUGUCAGCACAGUCUUGGGUGCCCUUUGGUCUUGUUUCUACAUGUUGUGUGGCCGGUGACUCUGAUGGUGUUGAGCUGUGGCUCCUCCAUUGUGUGGUCAUCAUUGGUGUGUGUACCAUGCGGUGUGUGUGUAUGUGUGUGUUCUCCAGGUGAGGUCUGCCUCUACAGUGACCUCCUGGAGUAACCAAACUCCCACAGCUCUCCCCAGUGUCCCUCCUCCUCCUCAUCUAGGCCCUGCCACCACAGAGCCCCAGGUACACACACACUAGUCCUCACCAUGGCUGUGACCAAACACACCUGUACCACACCAGCAACUUUGCUUCAGCUUUUUGGGCUUGUGUUCAAUAGUCCUCAAUCUUGACUAACUCUGAAAUCUAACUCUUAAUUCUAGCAGCGAAAUAAACACAGAUCUCUACGUAACAAAUGUUGUUGUUCAAAUAUUUGCCCUGCUUUCUUUGACGGUAACUACCUGCUAUAAUUAUUAGUGCCGGUAGCUUUCCUCCCCAAGUCUUUUCCCUGGAUGUUUAUAUGUCUCUUUGAUGGCUUUGAUCUUUUCUCUGGUUGACUGUAGUCCCAUUUGGUUUGGCUGGAUGACAAUGAAUUUAUUAAUUACAUUGAUUCAAAUGGGAUUGACACUGAUUAAACCAAUGAAUUGUUUUUCAAUGGUCUCAUUACUACGUUUUUUUUUUUGACAUGCUGUGGUUCUACUAUGGGAUCAAUACGUUACUACUCUCUUCUUUUGCAAGCGCUCCUCUUGCUAUUGUGGUACGAUUUAGACUUAGCACGCAUACCAAGCACUGGGUCACAGCCAUGUACCCCUGACCUCUCACCUCUGACCACCUACCUCAGGGUCACUGACCGACCCCAACACCACCACCACUACCGCAUGAUCCUGGUCUGUCUCUCUACCUGACCCUUUACCUCCACAGUCACAGCUCCAACCCCCGUUGUCGUACGUCAGAUAGCGCGACGGUCUUCUACACUGCUCCUUGCAACACGUGUCGCGUCAGAAUGACGCCAUCUGUUGGAAGGCAAAUCUCCGACCCCCUGUUCCCAUGGUCCCCACACCAGCUGGUCACUUACUGUGGAUGCUGUAGUAUGCAUGUCACCCUGUUGAUACCCCAACCCACCCUGGAUGCAUUUAUGGUUUGUCAUGCAUGUCUGUGUGGAGCACCUGAUCCAACCUCUGACCUUCUAAGACGGUGUUUCUUAAUUCUGUUCCUGGAGACCCAAAGGGGUGCACAUUUGUGUUUUUUGCCCUAGUACUACACAGUUAAUUCAAAUGAUCAACUCAUCAAGCUUUAUUUAUUUAAAUUAGGUGUGUAAUGCAAAGGCAAAACAAUUAAGUGCAUCCCUUUGGGUCCCCAGGACCAGGAUUAAGAAGCACUGCUUCAUGUCUGUCUGUUUCUUUAGUCCAUAUCCUGUUUGUCUCUUGUCUCUGAUUCACUCACAGCUCUUGUGUUACACUAUUUUGUACUUCUAUCUAGUUGUCUUAAAUAUAACUGCCCAGUGUUUUGAGGUGGGGUUUUUGAAGUGUUUUUUUCCUCCAAUUUAUGCUUUGGCCACAAAUACGAGUAAACAACAUUAUUUGGAUAUGAGUUAACAUAAUAUUAACUUUUAAAAGUGAGAUUAUUACUGGGCAGUUACUUUAAGAUCCGUGAAGGGGAGUGAACAAGACCAGAGGAGAGGGAAGAUCUCUCUGGAAUGAAACCCAGCCCUAGUCGUGGUUAUGAGCCAGGCUGCUUCCCAAAUGGAAGCUUAUUCCUUAUAUAGUGCACUUUAUAGGCUAGGGAAUAAGGCUCUGUUAAAAAAUAGUGCAAUAUAUAGGGAUUAGGCUGCCAGUUGGAAUGCAGCCCCUGAGUCUGUGACGUCAUCUUUUGUGUCUGUCCUGUCUUUGCAGGCUCAGCCGACACCCCCCAUGUAUGGGAUGCCUCCCACUGGGUCGGCUGCCCCCCCAGACUCCUCGGCCGCUGCAUACCCCCCCAUGUACUCACAUCAGUACCAGCGUAAGUGUCUCAAACAUCACUACCACUUCCAGGUUAUAGGGACUCUUCUUCGUGUAGAAGGAAAAUGGCAGCCUGAACACCUAUAAGUGUGGGUCUGCUGCCACCAACAGGUUUGGAGUAUACACUGAGUAGCGUCGAGCUAAUCAUGGCUUCGCACAUACAGGUGCUGGCCUUGGGUAUUCUAUAUACAGUUAGUCUGACUUCGAUGCCCCGUUUUCUCAAUUUAAACCAUCAAGCAUUUUCUGGUGGAGAAUGUUUGCCUAGUGUUCUCUCUUUUGAAUGUUCUUUGCUAAUUAGCUCAGCCUUGAGCCUUCUAUGGCGAUGUUUCUAAACCUGAAAUAUCGCCCUUAAUUGAGAAUUAGCAUGUUAGGCUGUUAACUAUCUCUCUGCAUGAUGUCCCAUUCUGAAAAACACAUUUCAUGCCUGAUAGUCUAUCUAUAAACAUCUACAUGCUUUUGAAUGAAGGUCUAACUAAGUUGAAGCAUUUUUCUGUAAUGUUACCAUAUUGUAAUUAUUAACAGAGAAAAUGCUUCCAUUUAACAUUUCCUGAACUGCUAGAAAUUAUAAUGCAUGUUACUACUGUUAAAGAACCACAGUGAGCACUGUUAAAGUUAGUCUUUAACGUAACUACGUGACUAAUGCAUGCUGUUCUCUCUCCUGUGAACCCUAGCCUACCCUCCGGCCAGCCAGUACAACCCUGGCACUGGUGGCCCAGCUAUCUAUUCACCUCUCCAGUACUCUACUCCUCCUCCUCCCUCCUUCUCUUCCUCCUCACCCCAAGCCCCAGCUCCAGGCUUCAUGCCCCAAUACACUCAACAACCCCUCUACCCACCUCCUUCCAUGGGCCAGCCUGUGUCCUCCGCUCCUUCUCAUCCUCCUUUCUCUCCUCCUCCACUGUCGUCUGGAGCAUCUUUCCAACAUGGUGGACCGGGGUCGCCUGCCUCUUACAUGCCGCCGCUUCCACCGACCGGAUCCUCAGGUACACAGCCUGAUCCGGCCUCUCAGAGAACAGGUCUGCACUGGUUUCGUCCCUCUCUCCACCCGCCAAUCAUCUACAUGACAGUACUCAGAGGUGUCACUGGAUCUGUUCCAGCAUCCACACUACAAUACCCCUCAGAAAGAAGCAGUGUAUUGGACCUGUAUUCUAAAGUGGCAUGCUAGUGUGGAUAUUGGAACAUAGCCAUAGUUCUGUUUGAAUGGCCGGCCAAAUGUGGAUAGGGAAUGUCAUGUGUAGCGUCAGAGACCAGCAUAGGAUGCUAAUGGUGGUUAUGGAACUGGUCUUAAUGGAGUAAGUGACUGAAAGCAGCUGUUUAGACGGUGUCCAACUGUAAGGUCAUAGCGGAGCCAGGAGUCAGUGUGUGCUAUCUAUCUGCUUAGUGAGCCCAGUGCAGCCAAGCAGAGACGGCCUUCAGACAGUCAACAGCAGCUGUUGUUCCAAGCCUCUCUCACACUUCUCUCCUUGGGUGGGGAAAGCUGAGGUAGCAUUUCUCAGCUGAGACACUGUUACUACUCUGAAAUAUGGUGGUUACUUAUUAACAGAGCCCUGCCUGGUCUUUUGGGGAAACCGAAGUGUGAGAGGGUUGUUAGAUGGUAUUAGCAUUACCACAUUGUUCAAUUAAAUGCGGACUUUAUUAGGUGUAAACAUUUACAGGUACAGUAACACUCACUAACAACACAUUUUGAGUAUGCUAUUAUUCGUUCCCUAGCUAUCAUUGUCAUUAGCAUAUAUAUUACUGUUUUCUCUCACAUCUGCCCUGUUGGCUCUGGGAAGUGUUCUAGAGUGUAUUUGUUUCAUCCACAGAGGGAUAUAGUCCAGACACUACCUGUUUCAUGGAAGGUGAAGGUGAAUUGAAACAAACAGCUCUGCUCUGCUACUUUACACAAUUACUACCUGUAAAUGGCCGCCACCGGCCUGACCAGGUCAUACAAAUCAAUUUAAUCACUCGCCAAUCAAAAGCGCUCGCCAAUAUCCCUGAUGAUCAACAAUGUGGUAGUUGCAUUGCCACUUCUGUUUACAGGUGAAUGUUCAAUCAAUUUUAAAACCAGCCAAUUUUUAAACAUUUGCUAUCACAUAAUCAGCUUUUUCAUAGACCUGAAGUACCAAGGACAUAAUCAUAACUGCCAUGUUGCUGUUGAUAGAAAGGUAAACAUGGGUAUGAGUGUCAGUUGGUUGACCCAGAUGGAUGGUGGUCUGGGCAGGAGCGUAAGCGGGAAUGAAUGGGUUGGUAAGUUAGUCAGAUUGGUCUGGUUCAGAGCUUUGCUUGGCUAUCUAGGGCAGGCAAUACCCUGAUGAAAAUGGCAGGCAGGGGGAUCAUGGUGAUUAUGACUAUAUUUAGGGGUCAGCGCAGGCUACGCUGCACUCUAAUACCAUUACAUUUAGCCUGAAAGACCUGUUUUGGUCAUUUGCUGAAAUGGCAAGAAAAUUAGCGGUUAAGAGCAUUGGGCCAGUAACCGAAAGGUUGCUGGUCCGAAUCCCCGAGCAGACUAGGUGAAAAAUCUGUUGAUGUGCCCUUGAGCAAGGCACAUAACCCUAAUUGCUCCUGUAAGUCGCUCUGGAUAAGAGUGUCUGCUAAAUGACAAAAAAAUACGCUUUGCUCGUUGUCUUGCUGAUGCACUAUGAAAUAUGUAUAGCUAGCUGCUUUAAGUAAUUACAAAUCAGAGCAAUCAAAGCAUUGAUAAUAUUUUUGCUUAUAGCCAUGCUGCCCAGGAAUCAUCAUACAAAAUAUUCAAUAUCCCAAUACCAGCUUAUGAAAAACAACUCUUUAAAGGCCCAUUAUCUGUACCAGAGUCAUUCCGGUGUUGUGCUGUGAUUAGCCUAGGUGCCAGUCUAACUGUGGUUGUUUCUCUUGCCCAGCUAGAGUUAGCAAGGCUAGCUAACAAUGUAGCAUGUGUGAGUGCAGAGACAGUGGCACCCAGGCUGUAGUGAAGAGACGGGUGAGUGAUGGGUUUCUCUCUGAUUGUCAACAGGCCCUCAGAAUGGCUGGAACGACCCUCCUACCCUGAGCAGAGUGCCAAAGAAGAAGAAGGUGAGACCUAUCACACGAUCAAUUACACAUUGUGUGUAUAUAUAUAUAUAUAUAUAUAUACACACACACACACACACACACACAGUGGGGAGAACAAGUAUUUGAUACACUGCCGAUUUUGCAGGUUUUCCUACUUACAAAGCAUGUAGAGGUCUGUAAUUUUUAUCAUAGGUACACUUCAACUGUGAGAGACGGAAUCUAAAACAAAAAUCCAGAAAAUCACAUUGUAUGAUUUGUAAGUAAUUAAUUUGCAUUUUAUUGCAUGACAUAAGUAUUUGAUCACCUACCAACCAGUAAGAAUUCUGGCUCUCACAGACCUGUUAGUUUUUCUUUAAGAAGCCCUCCUGUUCUCCACUCAUUACCUGUAUUAACUGCACCUGUUUGAACUCGUUACCUGUAUAAAAGACACCUGUCCACACACUCAAUCAAACAGACUCCAACCUCUCCACAAUGGCCAAGACCAGAGAGCUGUGUAAGGGCAUCAGGGAUAAAAUUGUAGACCUUCACAAGGCUGGGAUGGGCUACAGGACAAUAGGCAAGCAGCUUGGUGAGAAGGCAACAACUGUUGGUGCAAUUAUUAGAAAAUGGAAGAAGUUCAAGAUGACGGUCAAUCACCCUCGGUCUGGGGCUCCAUGCAAGAUUUCACCUCGUGGGGCAUCAAUGAUCAUGAGGAAGGUGAGGGAUCAGCCCAGAACUACACGGCAGGACCUGGUCAAUGACCUGAAGAGAGCUGGGACCACAGUCUCAAAGAAAACCAUUAGUAACACACUACGCCGUCAUGGAUUAAAAUCCUGCAGCGCACUCAAGGUCCCCAUGCUCAAGCCAGCGCAUGUCCAGGCCCGUCUGAAGUUUGUCAAUGACCAUCUGGAUGAUCCAGAGGAGGAAUGGGAGAAGGUCAUGUGGGUCUGAUGAGACAAAAAUAGAGCUUUUUGGUCUAAACUCCACUCGCCGUGUUUAGGAGGAAGAAGAAGGAUGAGUACAACCCCAAGAACACCAUCCCAACCGUGAAGCAUGGAGGUUGAAACAUUAUUCUUUGGGGAUGCUUUUCUGCAAAGGGGACAGGACGACUGCACCGUAUUGAGGGGAGGAUGGAUGGGGCCAUGUAUCGCAAGAUCUUGGCCAACAACCUCCUUCCCUCCGUAAGAGCAUUGAAGAUGGGUCGUGGCUGGGUCUUCCAGCAUGACAAUGACCCGAAACACACAGCCAGGGCAACUAAGGAGUGGCCUAGCCAGUCUCCAGACCUGAACCCAAUAGAAAAUCUUUGGAGGGAGCUGAAAGUCCGUAUUGCCCAGCGACAGCCCCGAAACCUGAAGGAUCUGGAGAAGGUCUGUAUGGAGGAGUGGGCCAAAAUCCCUGCUGCAGUGUGUACAAACCUGGUCAAGGCCUACAGGAAACGUAUGAUCUCUGUAAUUGCAAACAAAGGUUUCUGUACCAAAUAUUAAGUUCUGCUUUUCUGAUGUAUCAAAUACUUAUGUCAUGCAAUAAAAUGCAAAUUAAUUACUUAAAAAUCAUACAAUGUGAUUUUCUGGAUUUUUGUUUUAGAUUCUGUCUCUCACAGUUGAAGUGUACCUAUGAUAAAAAUUACAGACCUCUACAUGCUUUGUAAGUAGGAAACCCUGCAAAAUCGGCAGUGUAUCAAAUAAUUGUUCUCCCCACUGUGUGUGUGUAUGUAUAUAUAUAUAUAUAUAUAUAUAUAUAUAUACACACACACACACAGUGGGGGGAAAAAAGUAUUUAGUCAGCCACCAAUUGUGCAAGUUCUCCCACUGAGAAGAUGAGAGAGGCCUGUAAUUUUCAUCAUAGGUACACGUCAACUAUGACAGACAAAUUGAGAGAAAAAAAUCCAGAAAAUCACAUUGUAGGAUUUUUUAUGAAUUUAUUUGCAAAUUAUGGUGGAAAAUAAGUAUUUGGUCAAUAACAAAAGUUUCUCAAUACUUUGUUAUAUACCCUUUGUUGGCAAUGACACAGGUCAAACGUUUUCUGUAAGUCUUCACAAGGUUUUCACACACUGUUGCUGGUAUUUUGGCCUAUUCCUCCAUGCAGAUCUCCUCUAGAGCAGUGAUGUUUUGGGGCUGUCGCUGGGCAACACGGACUUUCAACUCCCUCCAAAGAUUUUCUAUGGGGUUGAGAUCUGGAGACUGGCUAGGCCACUCCAGGACCUUGAAAUGCUUCUUACGAAGCCACUCCUUCGUUGCCCGGGCGGUGUGUUUGGGAUCAUUGUCAUGCUGAAAGACCCAGCCACGUUUCAUCUUCAAUGCCCUUGCUGAUGGAAGGAGGUUUUCACUCAAAAUCUCACGAUACAUGGCCCCAUUCAUUCUUUCCUUUACACGGAUCAGUCGUCCUGGUCCCUUUGCAGAAAAACAGCCCCAAAGCAUGAUGUUUCCACCCCCAUGCUUCACAGUAGGUAUGGUGUUCUUUGGAUGCAACUCAGCAUUCUUUGUCCUCCAAACACGACGAGUUGAGUUUUUACCAAAAAGUUAUAUUUUGGUUUCAUCUGACCAUAUGACAUUCUCCCAAUCCUCUUCUGGAUCAUCCAAAUGCACUCUAGCAAACUUCAGACGGGCCUGGACAUGUACUGGCUUAAGCAAGGGGACACGUCUGGCACUGCAGGAUUUGAGUCCCUGGCGGCGUAGUGUGUUACUGAUGGUAGGCUUUGUUACUUUGGUCCCAGCUCUCUGCAGGUCAUUCACUGGGUCCCCCCGUGUGGUUCUGGGAUUUUUGCUCACCGUUCUUGUGAUCAUUUUGACCCCACGGGGUGAGAUCUUGCGUGGAGCCCCAGAUCGAGGGAGAUUAUCAGUGGUCUUGUAUGUCUUCCAUUUCCUAAUAAUUGCUCCCACAGUUCAUUUCUUCAAACCAAGCUGCUUACCUAUUGCAGAUUCAGUCUUCCCAGCCUGGUGCAGGUCUACAAUUUUGUUUCUGGUGUCCUUUGACAGCUCUUUGGUCUUGGCCAUAGUGGAGUUUGGAGUGUGACUGUUUGAGGUUGUGGACAGGUGUCUUUUAUACUGACAACAAGUUCAAACAGGUGCCAUUAAUACAGGUAACGAGUGGAGGACAGAGGAGCCUCUUAAAGAAGAAGUUACAGGUCUGUGAGAGCCAGAAAUCUUGCUUGUUUGUAGGUGACCAAAUACUUAUUUUCCACCAUGAUUUGCAAAUAAAUUCAUUAAAAAUCCUACAAUGUGAUUUUCUGGAUUUUUUUUUCUCAAUUUGUCUGUCAUAGUUGACUCUUACCUAUGAUGAAAAUUACAGGCCUCUCUCGUCUUUUUAAGUGGGAGAACUUGCACAAUUGGUGGCUGACUAAACACUUUUUUUUUUUUUUUGUAUGUAUAUAUAUAUAUAUAUAUGUAUAUAUAUAUAUAUAUAUAUAUAUAUAUAUAUAUAUAUAUAUAUAUAUACUGAACAAGAAUAUAACCGCAACAAUUUUCAAAUUUUGCUGAGUUACAGUUCAUAUGAAGAAAUCAGUCAAUUGAAAUAAAUAAAUUAGGCCCUAAUCUAUGGAUUUCAAAUGACUGGGAAUACAGAUAUGCAUCUGUUGGUCACAGAUACCUUUUAAAAAAUGGGCCUCACAAUGGGGCUCAGGAUCUCGUCACGGUAUUUUUGUGAAUUCAAAUUGCCAUCGAUGAAAUGCAAUUGUGUUCAUUGUCCAUAGUUUAUGCCUGCCUGCCCAUACCAUAACCCCACCGCAACCAUGGGGCACUCUGUUCACAACGUUGACAUCACAAACCGCUCGCCCACAUGACGCCAUACACAUGGUCUGCUGUUGUGAGGCCGGUUGGACGUACUCUCAAAUUCUCUAAAACGAGGUUGGAGGCAGCUUAUGGUAGAGAAAUUAACAUUCAAUUAUCUGUCAACAGCUCUGGUGGACAUUCCUGCAGUCCGCAUGCCAAUUGCACGCUCCCUAAAAACUUGAGACAUCUGUGGCAUUGUGUUGUGUAACAAAACUGCACAUUUUAUAGUGGCCUUUUAUUGUCCCCAGCAUAAGGUGCACCUGUGUAAUGAUCAUGUUGUUUAAUCAGCUUCUUGAUAUGCCACACCUGUCAGGGGGAUGGAUUAUCUUGGCAAAGGAGAAAUUCCUCACUAGCAGGGAUGUAAACAAAUUUGUGCGCACAAUUUGAGAGAAAUAAGCUUUUUGUGCAUAUGGAACAUUUCUGGUAUCUUUUAUUUCAGCUCAUGAAACAUGCGACCAACACUUUACAUGUUGCGUUUAUAUUUUUGUUCAGUGUACAUUACACACUCACACGCUCUUUCCACCGUUCCAGGUUCCAGAGAACUACACCCCUCCUUCCCCCAUCACGGCCCCCAUCUUUUCUCCCCUCGGUGCCGGGGACCCCCAGCAGCCCCCCUCCAUGCCCCCAGGCCAGGCCCAGAACCAGGCCCCCUACCAGGGCAUGCAGCAGCAGCAGCAGAUGGCCCCCCCACCCAUGAACCCUGGCAUGCUCAAGACACGUGGAGGAAGUGUGGAGGGAGCGCCUGGAGCCCCUAUUGGAGAUGUCAUACAUGUACUGGUCUAUUCCUAUAUAAAUUGGUCUAUUCCUCAUUGAAAUGAUGAGAAACAUAUUGCUAGUGGAUUCAAUUACUAGUAGUGCUAAAUGGCCUCAAAGCUCUUAACAUUGUAAGUUGGUACAACUGCAACUUAGAAAGCUCCACAACAAUUCCUAAGAAUUAGUCUAAAACCCAUGUACUCAGAUUGUGCUAACCUUCCAGCCGCUGCAGUCCAUCCCUGCUGAGAAGAUCACUAAGAAGCCCAUCCCUGAGGAGCACCUGAUCCUGAAGAGCACCUUUGAGGGCCUCAUCCAGAAGUGCUUGGCUGCUGCCACAGACCCUGUGAGUACAGCGUUUCUAUCAAGUCAGUUUAGCUACGAAGUUCAUAAAUCGUCAUAUACAACUACUUUUCCUUAAGUUUUUAUCAUCAGUAUAAAAUUGUUCACACUUCCUCUUCAAACAUUCCCUCAGUUUAGGGCUGUUGAUAUGCGUCUCAUCAUAUUUCUCUCUCCCCGCAGCAAACCAAGAGGAAGUUGGAUGAUGCCAACAAACGCCUUGAGGCCCUCUACGACAAGCUACGAGAGCAGACAGUGAGUUUGAACAAUUCUACAUUGUUACCAUUCAAAAUUCCAUGUUAGAAUGUUGCAUAUCAUUUUGAGACGUACACUCACACCACAAAUCUCUCUCAAUUUCUCUUUCUCACACUUUCGCUCUCUGUUGCUCUCUAGCUCUCCCCAGCCAUUGUAGGGGGCCUGCACAACAUGGUGCAGUGCAUCGAGUCUCGUUCCUACAUGGAGAGCCUCAACAUCCACACACACAUAGUGAGCAGCAGCAACUUCAGCGAGACGUCUGCCUUCAUGCCUGUGCUCAAGGUGGUGCUGACACAAGCCAACAAGCUGGGGGUCUGAGCAGGAGGAGAGACCCUCGCCCACUCCUCAGUCUGAGGUGAGAUGGAGAAGAAUUGGUCAGAGAUGAUGUCAUAACAGAGAUCAGGAAGUAGACAUAGGGAGCCAGGUGUUUUUAAUCAGCUCAUUUCAGUGGGAGUUCCAUGUGGCUCCCAGUGCAGAUAUUAUACUUCCUGUAGAAUCGUGAGAUUUUACGACAUCACUGUCCGAUCCUUCUUCAUCCCAUUCUGGACUCAGAGACCCCUCCCCCUUCUCUUUUACAACUCAAACACAAGCUAUGCCACCAGUAUCACUACAGUAUAGUAAACACAUGUGGGACAUAGGACCAAGAUUUAUUGAUAUUGCCAGUCUUAUCGUUGUCACUGGGAUAAUAUGUUAAAAAGCCAAACAACCCAGUUUUGAGGAUCAUGUUUUAUGUUGUUUUUAGAAAAGAAAAUGUUUUAUUUUCUUGUUCAUUUUCAGUGUAAUCAUGGUUUUCAGACAGAGCAGAGUGCAAUGGGGGCUGCUCCCCUUUUAACCAGAGACUGUACUUUAAAACA